AUGCUCAGCCAUGUCCGGGAUGAAGAGACUGCGAAUUGCAUAAAGAGAUUAUGUAGUGUAUGGGAAGCAAGCCAGAAGGACGGUCACAAGGUGCAAGUGGGCAUCAGCUUGCACAUGGUGGAUAUGGUGCUGGAAGUUAUCAAAAGGAUGGUUGGGGGAAGGAGCAGUUUGAGAUUGGGUCUUGAAGAGGAGUUCAAGGAAUUCGUAGAGGAGAAGUUCUAUGUGACUGGCUUGCCGAACUUGGGUGACGUGUUGCCGCGACAGACGAGGCAAGGAGUGGCUGUAGAUCGAGAGAAGGCUGUCGAUUUCUUGGAUGUGAUGUUGUCCCUGUCGAGUGACCCACAGAUCGCUUCGCUCUGUGAAUCGACCCCCCACAGGAGGGAUAUGAUAAUCAAGGCCACACUCUUGGUGAUCGUAUUUGCUGCAAUGGACACUUCCGCGGUGACACUGAAAUGGGCUCUGGUUUCUCUAUUGAGCAAUCCGGAGGCCAUGAGGAAAGUUAAAGAGGAGCUCGACACAAAGAUCGGAAAGGAAAGAAGGGUGGAGGAGGCCGACAUAGCCAACCUCCCCAACCUACAGGCGAUCAUCAAGGAGACACUUAGGCUGUACCCACCCAGCCCACUCAUUGUCACACAUGAAUCCAUGGAGGACUGUGUCGUGGCUGGAUUCCAUGUGCCUGCCAGCACCAUACUGAUCAUAAAUGCAUGGAAGAUACAGAGGGACCCAAGUUGGUGGGAGCUUCGCCUGGAGUUUGAGCCAGAGAGGUUCAUAGGAACGAGGUGGAUGUGA